AUGACGCGCCCCAAGGGCAGACCCAGGAAAUGCGCGUAUUGCGAACGUGUAUUCACCAAAGAAGAACACUUGAAGCGGCAUGAGAGAAGUCGUGAGAAGCCUUUCAAGUGCUGUAACUGCGGUAGGAGCUAUGCUAGAAGUGACGUUCUAUUCCGGCACUCUCAAACACACUUCUCGACAAGCAACAACCGCGAAAGCAACAACGGCCAAAGCGAACAUGGACCUGGACGCCCAUCUUCAGAUAGUAUUCAGGUUGGCCAUGUCAAUGAACCAUGCCGCGAUGAUGAAAACGUUUCAAUCUUACUUCCAGAGCGACAAAUAAGUGGAUCUCUGAACCCAGCCGUUUCCGACGCCCAACACCGCAACUCCACAGCGUCACUUCAGCAUUUGUCGUCCACUCCAAGCUCCGCGAUGCCAUCGCCAACUACCGAAACUCAUGUAAAUGAUAUUCUGGGGCCACAAAAGCGACAAAGGCUUUCACCGCACUUUCAGCAUAUUCCAGAAAAUAGCCGAGGAAGUUCAAUGGCUCAACCCACUUGCACAAUCUCCGACAUGCUUCUACCGCAGCUCAACAUCGACCAAGUCUCGACCUUUACUGGGAUAGGGUCUAUAGAACUCAGCCAACAAGGUAUCCCUGGAAGUUUUGACAGCUCUAGCAUGUUUUCGUUCGGGAUGGGACAGAUGCCAGGUUUCGGUGACAUGCACUUUGCCUACGAUGCAAUAGAUGGCACCGACUUGAAUAAUUCUGGCUUCCCAUAUUCGAUACCAACCACGAGUACUACCUCAUGUAGCCAGGUAUCCAGAAGUGGUGGGCUCAUGACCAUAUCAGCCUGUCAGAUGCAGAAAGUACAACGAAUCUGGGCGAGACAGCGACCCAAGGUGCUUGAACCUAUCCAUAGUCGUUUAUGGGAUGCAGUGAUUGAGCAUGAUGCCGAUAAUAUUUUCACGAAGCCACAGCAGAGCAUCAACCUCAAAGACUAUCCACCAUCGGGACGCAAUAUGGAUCAAGCAUGUAGAAAUCGUCUAAUUCGGUACUGUGACAAUCUUGACGGAUCAUAUGGCACGUCAACAACUCCUGAUAAGGCUUUCGUGCCUUCUGUGGAUCUACUCGACUCAAGUUUGGACUUGUAUUUCCAAUUCUUCCAUCCGGUCUUGCCACUCAUACACAGGAGCACUUUUGAUGCUAGAGAUGCGCCGAGCUCGCUGUUGCUGGCAAUGUGUUUAAAGUUGUCACCCGCCUGCCUCCACGAUUUGAUGUCUCAUACACUGCUGAAGAGUGCAUUACCUGAUAUCCUCACCACCCUUGCUACUGCACUCAUCACAGCCUACUUAUCCUUGGGCUUUCGCGAUGAGAUUGAUAUACAUGAAUCAUACACAGUCUGUACACAGAUGCUUCGUACGGCUGAUGUACAAGGCCUCUUCAUAGCUGGAUAUGGUGACGAUCCGAUUCUCAAAGUGAGACAAGUGGCACAAAACCCAAACAAUCAUUGGAAGGCAUGGGCACGAGUUGAAUCUAUUAAACGCCUUACAUGCUGCCUUCUCUACUUGGAUAUGGCUUAUGCCCGGCUGAUGAGCACAUCCGGGGUUAUUGCAAUAGAGAAGGUCGAAAUAUACUUGCCGUGUGACGAUGCUCUCUUCGAAGAUGUAACGACAACCACGGCGUUUUUGCGCUCGGUGCAGCAAGGUGCACGUAUUACAAUGCCUCGAAUGAAUUCCCGGAGUUUUAGCGUCUUGUCACCGUCUGAGCUCAAUCGGAAUUCUACUCAGAUCCUCCUCCGUUCUCUCUACCUCAGGUUGAUAGCAGCCACAGCCAGACUUUCAGAAAGGAAUGGGCGGAGCGACCAUUUCCGGUCUAACAGCCUUGCUGAGAGCUUUUCAACGGAUGAGGAUUACAAGACCAUCAUUGCCGACGUUGUAUUUCUGCCAAAGGCGCAUGCCAGCUUCUUGAGUGAACGACAUCAGAACAAUGCGCUAGGCUGGCAUUAUUUGUGCAUUCUCUUGACAACGGACGUUAACCUUUUGGAAAUUGCGUGUGGCCGUGGUGGGUUGGAAGCUGCUGAGGACUCUCUAAUUCAUGUUUUCAGAUGGUCGCAGUCAGGUAGUGCUCGCAGGGCACUUCUCCAUGCGGCACAAGUAUUCAGCAUCUUGGAUUCGUGCCUCAUCCGCGAAUCAUACCUGACUCGGCCGGACUUGGUGCUAUUUGUCUCGGCACUGGUUAUAAGUCAAUACUUUCUAGUUACGAGCUUUAUGAAUGGUGGCUCUGGUGGACCUGUUUUUGAGCUGUUGCGCGACGUAGAUUGGAGUACCAUCGGGGACGAAGGGUUUGGGCGAGUCGCCGGGCAUCUGCCGCCAAUCACUGAACGCGAAACAAUAAAGUCAAACCCCGUCCUUGAGUUCAUAAACAAAGGUGGUUCUGUUUCGUUUGCGGGAGAAUUACAAGAGCUUGGGAGUGCGUCUGCUAAGAAGAUUGCCAGGAAGUUUGCUCAUCUCAUGGAUGGCUUUGGCAGAUGGGAUGGAUGUAGCUAUUCUCAACUCUUGAGAGUAAUGAGUGGGUUCACGCAUGAAUCUUAG